AUGCGCCUUGAAGGUCACGAGUCACCGGGCUGGGAGCAGACGAUCAAGGAGUACAUCAAAGCUCUCAAGGACUAUGACUACGUGGAAAACCGCCCAAAGUCCAGCCGAGAUCCGUUUCUUGCCACAGGAGAAUAUGGCGUGGACAACUACGUUCUCAACUGCAACAUCGAUAGUGUCCUCGCCAACGAUAUUAACGACUAUGUUGACUCACUUAAAACUUGGGACGUCAGCUCUGAUCAAUCCAACGAGCCGAUUACUGGCACACGUGGGAGCAAUGUCGCAAAGACAUGGUACCGCGGGUUCAAAGAGCGCAUCGUGAUUGCAGCUACCGGAGGCGCCUUCCUCGUUGGCCCAAUGUGGAUCAUGGUGCUGAAUGGCGGGCUCUACACCUCACUUAUCUCGACAACGGCUUUUGUUACAGGGAACAAGCAAUUCGUAGAUAAGGUAGUUAUUGUGGAACUGAACGAUUAG